CUCUUCUCGCAGCUGGUGGCGAAUGCGUUUCUGUUUAUGUGUGUGAACUGCGUGGGGAUUUUCCAUCUGUGGAAGACGGAGCGGGAUCUCAGGAAAUCCAAUAUGAAGAGAGAGGAGUUCAGCACCAUACGCUCCCAGAAGGAAAUCAGGAAAUAUCAGCAGGAGAAGCUGCUGCUGUCAGUGUUGCCACGGUACAUCGCCAUGGAGCUGAAGACGGAGGUGAUAAAGAAGCUGUUCAAACCCGAGACUGAGAAGAAGAAUGAAAACAACCCUCACAACUUCUACAGCCUCUACGUCCGCAAGCACAGAGACAUCAGCAUCCUGUACGCAGACAUUGUGGGUUUCACAAAGCUGGCGAGUGCCUGCUCCCCUGAGGAGCUGGUGGCUGUUCUCAACAAACUCUUUGGUAGAUUUGAUGACAUCGCGAAGAAAAAUGGGUGUCUCCGCAUUAAGAUCCUGGGUGAUUGUUACUACUGUGUGUCUGGUCUACCUGAUCCCAUCCCCACACACGCUAAGAACUGCGUUAAGAUGGGGCUGGACAUGUGCUCUGGCAUCAGGCCGGGAAUCUUGAAGGACCCUCAGAUCAUGUCGGGGGUUUGGCUGGUCAUCUUUUACAUCGUGUGCCUCAUACUGGCCAGACAGGACGAGCUGAGUUGCCGGGUAGACUUCCUGUUGGACCACUGCUUCAAGACGGAGAGGGAGGAGAUGGAGACGAUGGAGAACGUCAACAAGCUGCUCCUUCAGAACGUGCUGCCGCUCCACGUCGCCUCUUACUUCAUUGGCAAAAAUAUCCGCAACCAGGACCUGUACAGUCAGUCCUACGACUGUGUGUGUGUGAUGUUCGCCUCGGUGCCUCAGUUUAAAGAGUUCUACAGCGAGAGCAGCGCCAACAGGGACGGGCUGGAGUGUAUGCGCUUCCUCAACGAGAUCAUAUCGGACUUUGACGAGCUUCUCUCAAAGCCCAAAUUCUGCUCAGUGGAGAAGAUAAAGACCAUCGGCAGUACGUACAUGGCCGCCGCGGGGCUGAGACACGCUCCACUCAGCGAUGAGGAAAAGAAAGUGGAGAUGUCCUACAGCCAUGUGCGCACCAUGGUGGAGUUUGCCAUCGCUCUGAUGAACAAACUAGAGUUCAUCAACACACACUCUUUCAACAGCUUCAAACUCAGGAUUGGAAUAAACCACGGUCCAGUGAUCGCAGGAGUGAUCGGAGCUCAUAAACCUCAGUAUGAUAUCUGGGGGAACUCUGUGAACGUGGCCAGCCGGAUGGACAGCACCGGAGUUCUUGGCAAGAUACAGGUCAGAGAAAUAAAGACACAACAGAAGAAGGUGGAGGUGGCUGAUAGGGUGGGGCACCUGUGA